AAACAGUUAAACAUUUUUAACAAAUGAACAUGUUAUCUUUGUUUCGAUAGAAAUAAUUAUGAUGUUGAUUGGAAUGUUGAUUGGAAGUUUGAUGCUGAGCUGUUUAGAUAGUUUAUAUAUACAGAAUGUGCAGACAUUUCAAUAUUUCGGAAAAAGUGUGGCUGGAAAAGUAAUAGCUGCUGAGAAAAACGCUGUUGCUUUCAGUGCAAUCUUGUCCAAAAGUAUAACAGUUGGCGGUAAGGAGGUUGUGAAGUAUGAUAGCUUGCUGACCAAUGUCGGAGGGGCCUAUGACAAGUCCACAGGGGUAUUUACUGCGCCCUAUAAGGGUAUCUACACCAUUUCCUGUAGCCUCCUGAGUAGUACAAGCAAUUAUGUUCACCUCGAUAUCAUGAAGAAUGGUAAAAAAAUAUCCAUAGUCUACUCUGCAUCUGGUACAAAUCCUCACUCUGCUCAAACUCUGCAACUACUUCUUAAGAAAGGAGACAAUAUUUGGAUUCAAAACCACAGCGAAAAUAAAGCCAGUCUCCAUGACCACGGGUCUUAUAAUUUGUUUUCUGGUGUGUUGAUAACACAAAUAUGAAAUAAAGGCCCUUUAAAGGU